AAAAAAAGUCUUGCUCGGGGACUUUUCUGUACAGCUAAAAGUGCUAGUAGUCAAUUACUCUGAGCUAGGUAGCUACGUAUCUUCGCUACAUAAAGGCACUGAAUUUGUGUUUCGCCGAAGUAGUCUUAAAGAGGUCAGCGAUUCCGUGGGAUUUAUCAAGAAAUUCACCUGUUAUACUUCCAUAAAUAAGCGUAUUGGCUAGGUUACGCUAGCUAGCUAUAAUUAAUCACGACCUAGCUAACCUAGCAAGCAUAUUUCCAACCUAAAUUCGCCAUACCUGAGUGGACUCUCUUCAAAUUAUAUCUAAUUUAAUGCUAUAACCCACCUGCAGGAAGAUAAAUUAACCAAGAUAUGCCAACCUUGUACUUUGGCUACUGUUUAAUUACUGUGCUUUUUCUUGAGUUGAAACGGGUGUGUAAGACGAGGUAAAACAAGGACCAUGCGUGGGCCGGUUCGCUGGGUUUUAUGGGACAUAAAAGAUACAUUACUGAAGGUCCGGCGAUCUGUAGGUGAGCAGUACUACUGUGAGUCUGUGCGUGCAGGACUGAAGUUACUUCCUACACAGCUGGAGACGGCAUUCAGGCAAGCUUAUCUUCAGCAUGUGCAGCUCUACCCCAACUAUGGCAUCACGCAGGGUAUGAACAGCCAGGUGUGGUGGACACAAGUGGUGAAGAACACGUUCUCCCAGUGUGGGGUGCAGGAUACUGCAUUGCUCGACACAUUGGCCAGUAAUCUCUACCAGAACUUCUGUGGUCCAGAGAACUGGGAGGUGUUUCCAGACUCAAAUUCUGUCUUGAAAUCCUGCUCAGCCCUGGGAGUGAAACAGGGGGUGGUGUCCAACUUUGACAGCCGUCUAGAAGGGGUUCUUCAAGGAUGUGGCCUACUUACCCACUUCUCAUUUCUGCUUACCUCAGAAGGGGCAGGUGUGGCCAAGCCAGACAAGGCCAUUUUCACACAAGCCUUGAAAAAGUGUGCAGUGCCAGCCAAAAAUGUAGCCCAUGUUGGGGACAACUACAUAAAUGACUACCUUGCCUCUCGAUCACUAGGUAUACGUGGUUAUCUGCUUGAUAGGCAGGGACACCAAGAACAUCUGGAUGUUCCUCCUCAGCACAGACUUCAAAGCCUAGAUGAGCUACCUACUCGACUGCAACAGGAAACUGACUAGAAAAGGCAUCUCCUCUCUGCAGCAGAAUUGACAUUCAUACCCUUCUUUGCACUUUUUGGAAGAUUUUCCCAGACCUAGCCUAAGCCUCGACUAAAAAGAAUCCACCAAUGGCAGUUUAGCAUAAUCAACACCUGGGAAGUUUUUUUUUUAUGUACUUGGGAGACCUUGAGAAUUGCUUGCAAAUGUGACAUCUGAAUUCUGUAAGGUAUAUAAUCAAGUAAUAAGAUGAUGUGCACAUUUGCUCUACCAAUCAUAAAGGCAUGUUGGUGUAGUAUUGGUGGUGGAACUUACUGUCACAUAGUACAGCUACCUGUUUAAGUAUCAGAAAUAAAGUAUAUCAAAAAGUUAA